AUGCGGCGAGGCUCGGGGUCGGGGACGACGACGCGCACGACGCUGGGGAAGGGGAAAUCAGAGGUGGCGUCGAGCGCGUUCGCGCUCGUGUUCAGCGAGCUGGUGCAGUAUCACCGAGCGCGAGUGCGAGACGUGGGAGAGCUCGAGCGGGCGCUGGACGAGGCGGGGGAGAUGGUGGGGCGGCGGGCGUUCGAGGCGCAAGCGUUUCGAGAGCGAGGGAGUGGGAAACGUGAUCAUAGAUUGCUGCCGCUGUUGCAAUUCACGCAGAGCGUGGUGUGGAAAAACGUCUUUGGACGCGCGGCGGAUUCGCUCGAGGUGUACGACGACGACGAGUACCUGUUGUCGGAUAAAGAUUUGUUGGUGAAUCGGUUCGUGAGCGUGCCGAAGGAUUUGGGGGAUCUGAACUGCGGGUCAUUCGCCGCCGGGGUCGUCCGCGGAAUCUUGUGCUCGGCUGGAUUUCCGGCGAAAGUCACGGCGUAUUCCUCCGAGGCGGGACCGGGGGACGAGUCGGGACGAACGACGAACAUUUUAAUGAAAUUCGAGAAGGAGGUCAUCGAGAGGGAGAGACGGUUGGACGGAAAGUAG